AUGACGAACUCGAACUCAUGCCUACCCCGAAGGCAGGAUGUUGUGUCAUACUAUGAUUAUCGAGCUUCUAGCACACCAGUUCUGUUCGCCGUUGGUGCCUCCAUCUUCAGCCCGGCGGAGACGCUGACGACCAUGGUGAAGCGGACACGGGAUCUCGUGUACCGUCCCUACAAUACCGCAAAUUCUCUGUCGCCCGAGUUUCUGCCUCUGAAGAGAAAUCGCGAUGAUGUGUACUAUCUUGAGCAGCAGAGGCUGGUCCCCACGCUGGUCUCUGCGACCUCCAUUGAAUACGUACGUGUCCAAGCCAAGGCAAAUGUUGCUGCUACCGUGUCUAUCGCUCUGAAGAAGCCGGCCAAGAAAGUUGCAUUCGAUCGAUCAGUCAGGGCUCUGUUGGAAGGUGAAUGGUGA